AUGUCUAAGAGAGGUCGUGGCGGUGCCGCCGGCAACAAGCUGAAGAUGACCCUCGGUCUGCCUGUUGGCGCCGUGAUGAACUGCUGCGACAACUCCGGUGCUCGCAACCUGUACAUCAUUGCCGUCGCCGGUACCGGUGCUCGUCUGAACCGUCUCCCGGCUGCCGGUGUCGGUGACAUGGUUAUGGCCACCGUCAAGAAGGGAAAGCCUGAGCUCCGUAAGAAGGUUAUGCCCGCCGUUGUCGUCCGCCAGAGCAAGCCCUGGCGCCGGGCUGACGGUAUCUACCUGUACUUCGAGGACAACGCUGGUGUUAUCGUCAACAACAAGGGUGAGAUGAAGGGUUCCGCCAUCACCGGUCCCGUCGGUAAGGAGGCUGCUGAGCUGUGGCCCCGUAUUGCCUCCAACGCCGGUGUUGUCAUGUAA